AUGCAGUGUGAUAGGAACUUAACGCAAACGUUGAUCGAGCUCAACGGGUUCUCAGCAAACGCAUCACAACGACUCGAUGAGGCAUACUAUGCUGUCCUAGAAAAGAUGACAACAUUACAAGGGACGAUUACAAUGCUCAAGGAUCUAGCAGGAACAUCUCAUGAGAUUUGCAACCACUUUGAUAAAGAGUCUCGGAGCCUCGAAAACGACGUGGUCACGCAACUGGGCUCCCUAGGCCACUUUCAAGGGCGACAGAACCAAAUAUCAGCGCUGCAGGAGAGGGUUGAUUCGGGUCGCAAAAACAUGGUAACUUUGGAAGCAAGACUUCAGAAAGUUCAAAAGCGAAUCGAAAAAUGGGAGCAGGCGGACAGACAGUGGCAAGAGAAAACGAGAAAGCGACUCAAGAUUAUCUGGAGCGCUAUGUCUGCCGUCAUCAUCGUGCUCUUGAUCCUAGUUUGGGGCAUACAUCACGCCACCGACAGCUCCAAUAUAAAUCCUGGCUCAGACAACACCGAAAGCACGGAUAAUCUCAUCUCCAUCUUGGAGCCUUUGAACAAAUCAAACUAUGCACAAGCGCCUGGCAAGCCCGACAGUGCUGCUGAAACAAAACUACGAUGGCAGACCACACAACCCAACGAUGAUGGACUCCGCGCAUUGGACGAAUUAUAA